GAAGAUGUGAUUUUUUUUUUUUUUCUUUUGGGCGUGCUUAAUGCAAGUCAAACAACUUACUGGCAAUUUCUGUUCAGAUUAGUACUGUUUUUGUUGGAAGAGGAGACUGUCUAGGACUACCAAAGUCUACUUCCAAAUUCUGGGAAUUUUGUCCAUGGGCAUGUGAAGUAACGUCUUUAUAGUUCUCCUGGAGUCCCUUUUACUGUGCCACAGUUUACCUUUAAAGAGUGGGGUUUUCAGACACCCAGUGCUCUUCAGAGUGAGACCCUAGAGGCUGCACGUGGAAACCGAGUGAUUUUACUGGAAAUAAGGGUUGUAUCUCUGUUCUCUCAGGGAUUUUGUACUGACAAAACACCCAACGUGAUCCUUUGACUACUCCUAGCUGUUUUCAUCCAAGAGAGGAGAACUGAGCCAUUGAGUCUUAUGCUGGUGCUGCAAUGCUGAGCUAUAGCUCGACUACUGUGAAGAAUCUUCCUCUGAAGAAGAGGCUCUGUUUUCUGCUGAAACUUGUGGGCUUUGUCACCUCAGUGUUCAUAUUUUGUGAAUUUUUAAUUUAUUAUGUGGUGAUUUUUCAAUGCCGCUGGCCAGAAGUGAAAGGUGGAGCUCCCAUGGGUGAAAAAGAGACUUCAGCUUCAGUCCUAAAGGCCAUGAUUUUAGCUGAUACUCACCUACUUGGUGAAAUCAAAGGACAUUGGUUUGAUAAACUAAGAAGGGAAUGGCAGAUGGAGAGAUCUUUCCAAACUGCCUUAUGGUUACUGCAGCCAGAUAUUGUUUUUAUUCUGGGAGAUAUCUUUGAUGAAGGCAAAUGGAGCUCACCUCAGGCAUGGGCAGAUGAUGUCAGGAGAUUUCGGAAAAUGUUCAAGUAUCCAGUUUCUACUGAGCUAGUGGUCAUCGUUGGGAAUCAUGACAUUGGAUUUCAUUAUGAAAUGACUACUUACAAGGUAAAUCGAUUUGAAAAGGUUUUCAACUUGACUUCAGGAAAGCUAAUAACUCGGAAAGGAAUAAACUUUGUCCUGGUGAACAGUGUAGCCAUGGACGGUGAUGGCUGUGCUGUCUGCAGUACCUCAGAGGCAAAGCUUGUGGCACUUUCUCACAAACUGAAUUGCUCCCUGCAGAAACCAAAUCAUUCCAACAAAAGAUGCAGUGAUGUGGAAGAGCUUCCAGCUUCAGAACCCAUUCUUUUACAGCAUUACCCCCUCUAUCAGAAAAGUGAUGCUGAAUGCAGUGGAGAAGAUUCUGCUCCUCCAGAGGAGAAGAACACCCCCUUUAAAGAAAAGUAUGAUGUACUGUCUCAAGAGGCAUCACAAAAGCUGAUAUGGUGGUUUCACCCCCGUUUGAUUCUCAGUGGGCACACACAUAGUGCUUGUGAAGUGCUGCAUGCAGGGAAAAUUCCAGAAAUCAGCGUCCCGUCAUUCAGUUGGAGGAAUAGAAACAAUCCUAGUUUCAUCAUGGGCAGCAUAACACCAACUGACUUCUCCCUCCAAAAAUGCUUCCUUCCAUAUGAGAGCAGAGUCUUUACUAUAUACUGUGCAGCAGGUGCUCUGUUUGUGAUCCUGAUACUAGCUCAUGUUCAGCUUCUCACUCCACUGUUUUAUUUUGCUCAGCGUUUAAUCAGUAAGCAUAAAGCAGUAUGAAGAGCCAGACAUCUGCAUUCAGUCACUGAAAUACCAAAGCUGAGAACAGUCAAACAUCAGACUAUAUUCAUGCCAGCAAAUGACCUAAUUUGAUUGCUAGUCUGAAGGCAGGUUGCAUUUAUACAUACCAUAGAAGUCCUAUACAGCUGAUAUGACUACUACAGGAUAAAUAAUUAACUGAAAUGAACGUUUCAUGCUGUACAAAAAUACUGUAUUCGACAAUCAAAUGAGUCCUUUUCCUGCUAUAAUUUUUGUAUCAAAUAUGUAUAUUAAAAGUGUAACUGUACAUUAUGUAAAUCCUAUAGCCUCAUCACUUGUCUGCACUAGUGUCUUACCCUGGUGGAGGCUGAAUCCUGCAAACUGGAAACGUUUCUCUGUUUUAUUGCUGCAUGGCCCUUCUAACGUCAUGCUUGUGUUCUAGGGUCAGGCAGAAACUAGAUGCAUCAGCACUGAGAGAUGCUGAUUUCCAUAACCUUUUUAGGGUGUCAUUUGUAAGGGGACUGUGGUUUGGGACAAGAGAGCUUCUGGUUCUUGACACAGUAAAUUGUUAGCUGACUGUAAGUUGCAGUUAUCGUCUACCAGACAACAAAGGGAAGAAGCUCGUGGAUCCAGUUUGCUGAUACACACUUAAAACCUGCUUAAAAAAAAUUAGGGUGACACCUCAAGCUGCUAUUUUCAAAGAGAUGUGCUAUGAUGAGCUUAAAAAAAGAGGGCCCUAUUGCAUCCCAGAGAUCUGUGUGGUGAGGGGCCCUCCUGUUUCUGAUCUCCUGCAAGAAGGGAGGUCAAAUACAGCUGCAGUAAAAUCAUCCUAUGCCUUGGCCCUCAGUCUACGGACAGGUAGGGAUAGAAGUGCAUGUUAUUUUAGAUUCCUGCAGGGUGCCAAGUCCUGUUGACUUUGUUGUAAUGUCACACGUUGAACUGCACCAGAGGCCGAGGCCACCAGUUGUGCCACAGGCCCCAGCCUGGGGGUCAGCACGGAGAAGAUAAAAUCUGAGCUCAGCAUCUUCACUGUGGGAGGGAAGGUGGACAAACCUACUGCUGCUCCCCACCUGCCCUGGAAAAAACAGAGGGACUAUUUCAUACCAGAACCAGUUUUCCUGCUGAUGUUCCUGCAGAGGCUGGGAGCUCUAACCUGAACUUCUGUGCUGGAGAUAGUUUA